AUCAGUUCUUAAUAGAAUACAUGCAAACUUAACUAACACAACGAUUAAUAUCGAGUAUCUGCUGCCCAAAUCAGCUAAGAAGCUCAUCAUAUCAAUCAAAGCAAAUCAUAUUGAAUACAAAAACCAAACUGGAUAUGAAAAAUAUUUUUGCUCAAAUGGAGAAUUAACUGAAAACGGCAUCACAGAUAAGUCUCCUCUCAAUAUGAAUGCGUUACCAAUGAUAGCUAAACACAAUCUGGUAACUUCUGAUCUAACGAUUCAUACUUCAGAAAUAUCAAAUACUGAGACUAAUUUAGAGGAGUUGCUAUCUGUUGAACGGCUUUGUAAGAUUGUUGAAUUUAAGGGAUGUCAAAAUUUUAAAAUAAGUGUUAAGCAAACCGAAAAAAUUAUUGGUCCAAAAAUUAACUUGGAAGUUACAAUAGACGAUAUUUAUUUCAUGUUGACCCCACGUCAAACACAUAUGUUAAUUCGGAUAUUCAAAGGGUUUGAUAAAGUACGCCCAAAUGAUAAGUUGAUCAAGAACUAUUCUGACUUAAAACCUGAAAUACAGAAAACAAAUUUAUCUACAAAAAUGUCUGGAAUUGUUGAACAAGAUAAGGAAUGGUGUGCUGAAGAAUGUAUAUUUAAUGAUAACAAAAAGUCAAAAACAUGCGAAUCUCUAAUCUCUUUGAUGUCUACAAACAGCAUAACUACAUCGUAUAGCAACGCUCAAAUAAAUGAAGGAUCUGAUGAAAAAUCUGGUGAAAUUUUAAAGUUCAAAUUGCAAAUAUAUAAAAUUGUAGGUGUUAUUUUGCACAGCGAUAUUCUAAUUGAAAAUGCUUCCAAUGAUAUUGGGUCUAGCUGUAUAUAUACCACUCAAAGUUUGACGAACUAUUUCGAAACUGCUAGUCGUUUUUUUCAAGCGGCAACUAUCGAAAAGGCUGACGAGAAAUUGUAUGUUCCAAUACCUAACAAAAAUUAUCUGUUGAUAAUGGUCUCAUCAUUAUUAGUAAGCGGAAAUCAGAAAAGAUUCUGUAAUGAAUUGAUUUUAAAAACAACAUUAUCAGCAACGAUGUUUGACAUCUGUGAAAUUCUCGAUAACAAAAUUAAUCAUUUAAUUUUGUUUGACCGAAAAAAAGUAAAACUGCCAAGACGGAUAUCACACUCGACCUGAAAUUAUUCUGU